AACUACUCCGGCCCUCCAUAUUUAUCGGACCUUCGACGCCGUUCACUUCUUCUCAACUGUCUUCCCUGUCAUGGUCGAUACUAUAUCGACCUUUUGAUCAAGACAAUGGCGGGUUUACAGCCUCGUUCGGCUUUGUCCGUCCCGUUCUCCCUCUCUACGGCUUUUCGCAACCUUUCGUUAACCGCCUCUAAACGGUCCUUUUCCACGACAUUAGCCACGCAGAAGACGAAACAGCUGCCUGAUUACAUUCCUCCUUACCCUUAUGGUCCCAAUCAUGUCUACAAGCAGUCGAACACCGGUCUCUAUGGAGGCGUCAUGAUCCAAUUCGGAAACAAGAUUUCCAAAGGUCGGAAUGAGGGGAAAACCCGACGCUUCUGGAAGCCAAAUGUUCGCCGAAAGAAGAUCUACAGCGAAGCGCUUGAUGAGUGGCUGUUUAUCAAGGUCACACGUAAGGCUUUGAGGACAAUCCGGAAGUCUGGUGGACUCGAUAACUACCUUCUUGACGACCGGCCGGGGCGGGUCAAGGAACUUGGAGUGUUCGGAUGGCAGUUGAGGUGGAAGGUCAUGCAGACCCCGAAGAUCCAAGAGCAAUUCCGACAAGAACGAAAGCGCUUAGGACUCCCCGAACCGCCAUCAUUCGAGGAGUGGGUGGCGCAAAAGGAAGCCGAAAUUAAGGCGCAGGCGGAGGAUCUGACCAACAUCAAGGAAAUCACGAAGCCAACCUACAACGAGAAGCAGUAUUAAGGAGAGAGAAAGAAAAGCUUCUGGAGAAGCACCUUGGACAGUUGAUUUGUUCUGAUUUGCGGUGACCAAUGGAUGGGCGUCUGUAUUAUUAUUUUGUUCAUGGUCGGCAAUGCCUCAUAUACCACUUCCCGGUAUUGAUAAUUGGGAGGGAUGGCGGAGGCCAGCAUACAACUGCCUCUCAGUUGUUGCAUUUAUUUCCUUGAAUUUGCAUGAUUAGCUCUUCAGUGUACUUAUACGUUGUCAAUGCUACUUUGGGUUAAAUAUAAAUAUAAAUAUAAAUAGUU